UGCUCCAACUGUCGUGAGGAGUGUUUACGAAGCGACUUAAAAUCAUGUAAUACCUUAUUGGGAGUCAAAGAAAUGAUCUACAGUCUGGAGGAAACAUGGAGAUCCAGGUGAAGAUGAGCGGCAGAGAGUGUCGCACUGUGCUGGUGACCGGAGGAGCGGGAUUUAUUGGAUCUCAUUUAAUCAGCGCUCUGGCCGUCAGAUUCCCACACUGGAGAAUCCUCACCGUUGAUAAUCUGCAGUACUGCUCCAGUCUGAAGAACCUGCGCUCUGUGGAGGCCAGCAGCAAAUACACCUUCAUCCCGGGCGAUGUUUGCGAUCCAUUUCUCAUAAAGCGUCUCUUUGCGACGGAGAAGAUUGAUAUAGUGUUUCACUGCGCUGCUGAAACUCAUGUGGAGAACUCGUUCCUGUGUCCGUCACGCUUCAUGCGUGUGAAUGCAGACGGCACUGGUGUUCUGAUCAGAGCGGCGUUUGAGGCGCGAGUGCGGCGCUUCAUCUACAUCAGCACUGAUGAGGUGUAUGGAGACAGUCUGGAGCAGCCCUUUGAUGAACUGAGUCCAAAAAGACCCACCAAUCCAUACUCAGCCUCAAAAGCUGCGGCAGAAAACAUCGUGAUGUCGUACUGGAUGAAGCACAAGUUUCCUGUUCUGAUCACGAGGAGCAGUAACGUCUAUGGCCCACACCAGCAUCACGAGAAGGUCAUUCCCAGAUUCCUGUCGCUCAUCCAGCGGGAUCAGAAGUGCACUAUCCAGGGCUCAGGCCUGCAGUCCAGACACUUCCUGUAUGUCAGCGAUGUCACAGAUGCCUUCCUGACACUCAUGGAGAAGGGCAUUCUGGGAGAGAUCUACAACAUCGGGAGCAGCUUUGAGAUUCCCAUCAUUCAGCUCGCCAGAGAACUAGUGAAGAUGAAAGUGAAGGACGUCUCCGAGGAAGCGCUGGUGGACUGGAUGGAGUUUGUUGAGGACCGUCCCGUGACGGAGCUCCGGUAUCCCAUGAUAUCAGACAAACUGCACAAACUCGGCUGGAGACCCAAAGUAACCUGGAAGGAAGGAAUCAGACGGACCAUACAGUGGUAUGAAGAGAAUCCAAACUACUGGCCGUCGAUCAGUGAGAAUGGAGAGGAAUCGCCAGCGUCGUGUGAUCAGACGCCGUCACAUGCAAUGCCUUAUCACGUCAGAUAAUGACGUUUAUUAACUGAUUUAUACAGUAUCUAUGCAAGAUUGUCCAGCAGCAACUAAACAAAGUGCUAAUCAGUGAAGACUGGUGAUGUGAAUGUGAUGGAGGAUUGUUAGAGACUUUAUACUCUAAGCAUCAUCAUAAAAUGCCACAGGAUUAAAGAGGACCAAAUGUUAAAGAUAUUUUAAUGGAAACUGUAUGUCUUAAACUGACACAAGCUCAGUUGUUUUGACUGAUUUCAGUAUUUGAUUAUGAAAACUCUGUACGAUUGUUUCUGAUUAUUUUUAUGUUUUAAUAAAAAAGUUUACAAACAUGCUUGUGAUAAAGUUCUGUUGUUAAUGCGCUGCAUGAGAUGAGACUUUGGAUCUUUGGUCUUAUCCUGGCUAAAUAAAGUUAAAUAUAACAUUUAAUAAAGUUAAAAUGUAACUGCUGUUUCUGCAACUUUCUUGUGUUUGUGUUUAAAUCACAGGGUUGUUAUUAUA